GUGAAACAUGGCUUAUUUGGAGCGUGCCUAUUUUGGUCUUCAGUGCUUCUGGGGAGAAUCUGCAUGGGCGAAGCUGAAAGGAGUUGUGGUGACACGAGUUGGAUAUGCUGGAGGAAAACAACCAAAUCCUACUUAUAAGAAUAUCAAGGAUCAUACUGAAAUCACAGAGAUCACUUUUGAUCCAAAAGUUAUUGAAUACUCAAAGCUCACCAACUUCUUUUGGAAGCAUCACAACCCAGCUGAAAGGAGAAAGAAGCAAUACCAAUCUGCGAUUCUCUACGUAAAUGACGACCAAAAGAAAGUCGCUGAAGAAACUUUGAAAGUAGCAAAGGACAAGCAUGGAGACAUUGAAACAUAUAUUGAGCCAUUGGACAAGUUCUAUCAAGCUGAAGAUUACCAUCAAAAAUAUUGGUUCCGUCAAAAGAAGAUUCUUUUCGAUGAACUGUCUCUUCUUGAUACUCAAGUUGCUGAAGGAGAACUUGCCACAAAAUUGAACGCAUAUUGUGCUGGCUUCCAGGACUUCCACGAUCUUGAGCGUCUUGCAAAAGAGUACGGAUUAAAGGAUUCUUUUGUCAAUAAGGUGAAGGACUAUGCUCUGUCAGGAGGAGAUCCAAGAAACUGUCAUGCUUAAAUUAUAUGAAUGUACAAUCGAACUUUUAUCAGGUUUUCAAUGAAUUUUAUUUUAUCA